AUGUAAAAACACAAGACAAAUCUAAGUACGCAAACAUCUAGGUUCGUCCAACCAACAAACAAAUCAAAAACAAACACACACACACACCUACAUGCUCUACUUUCCCUUCUCUCUUUCCUCAUCAAAAUACUCCUUUCAGUUUCCCAACAAAGACAACUCUUCAAUGUAUUAGAAAACCCUUUAAAUUUCUCCACGUUUAGCCAAAGAUGUCAUCAACAAGCUAAAGCUACACAACAGAUUUGGUGUGAGUGAGAACAACAAGAUUCUGUUUAAUUCUUCAAACACAAACGUCUUUUUGGUCUCUGGAUUCUUCAUAAAUUUGGCUCCUUCAAUCACGCCCAUACUAUCGCAUUUAUUAAUCCCAAUAACAAAAUUAGCUCAAUAUUCAUUUCAGCUUUCACUUUCUUCCUCCAACCCCAUGAUAUCUGUUUCAUCAUUUCUUGCCUAAGUGAAUCAGUUGCCAAAUCUUGAGAUCUCAUUUUCUUGAUCUGGGGUUGAAAUUUUCUUGCCUAAAAAUCCUUGCUUUUUGCAGUAAAAUUUUGUGAACCACAUACCUGAUGAUACUUAUAUUCUCUGUGUCAUUCUCUUUGGAUGAUAGUUAAAUUGCUCAAUAUAGCAAUUUGGGAUAAAGAAAAUCUGAUUUUUCCUUCAAUUAUUGUACUUGAAAGUAUUAGUAGAAUUAGAAAUGAAGUCAAGAGUAGGGAGUCACGGGUCAUUGGAGGAGGGUAAAGAUCUUAGUACUAGGGUGGUAACUCAGUAUAAGCCUUUAACAUUAAGGUUACUUCAAUUUCUAUUGCUAUUUUUGGGUCUUGGUAUUGUAUUUUCAUUUGUUAGUAUGUAUAUGGUUCGGUAUUCAGUAGUUCAGAAUGUAAUCCCUAUGGUACAAUCAAGGUUUCAGCCCUGUAUUCAACAACUUGGUUUAGAGAGUUGGAUUAGGCCUCCGUCGAAUCUAUUGCAUUCGAUGAAUGAUACUCAGUUGUUUUGGCGAGCUUCGAUUGUUCCUCAAAUCAAAGAUUACCCUUUUAAUAGAACAUGUAAGAUCGCGUUCAUGUUCUUGACUAGAGGACCGUUGCCUUUAGCGCCUUUGUGGGAGAAGUUUCUCAAGGGGAAUGAGGAGCUUUUUUCAAUCUAUAUUCAUUCCUUGCCAUCACACAAACCUGAUUUCCCACCUUCAUCGGUUUUUCAUGGCAGGCAAAUUCCUAGUCAGGUGGCAGAGUGGGGAAGAAUGAGUAUGUGUGAUGCUGAAAGACGGCUUCUUGCUAAUGCACUGCUUGAUAUCUCCAACGAAUGGUUUGUCCUCCUAUCCGAGGCAUGCAUUCCGCUCCAUAACUUCAAAGCUGUCUAUCACUACAUAUCAAGAUCCAGGUAUAGCUUUAUGGGUGCAGUAGAUGAACCUGGACCUUAUGGAAGAGGACGUUACAAUCCGAAUAUGACACCUGAAGUUAACCUCACUGAAUGGCGUAAAGGAUCUCAGUGGUUUGAAGUCAACAGGAAACUCGCUGUUGACAUUGUUAAAGAUGAGGUAUACUACCCUAAGUUUGAGCAGUUCUGCAGACCAGCAUGUUACGUGGACGAGCACUAUUUUCCAACGAUGCUGACAAUAGAAUCGCCUCGCCUCCUGGCUAACCGGACUCUCACUUGGGUGGACUGGUCCAGAGGUGGCGCUCAUCCUGCUACAUUUGGGAAGGCCGAUAUUACUGAUCAAUUUUUCAAGAAAAUUUCUGAUAGCCCGCUCUGUAUAUACAAUAACCAGCCUACUUCACUUUGUUUCCUUUUUGCCAGAAAAUUUGCUCCUAGUGCUUUGGAUCCUUUGUUAGAACAUUCAGCCAAGUUUUUGGGCUUCUAGAAUUAUAAGCGAUUUGUAGCUAAUUAGAUGCUAUGAUCAGUUGAGUUCCAUACUAGCUAAUUAGAUGCAUCAGUAUAUACAAUGCUGAUAACAUGGUGUGACAGGCUCACAAUGUUCUCUCCUAUGUGAUGUUGUAUCACGUUGCUUUUUAUUUUGAGACAUGGAUGGAGAAAUGAGGAUUCAUAUAGCCGA